CCAUGGCGAAAGGCUUCUUCAUCAGCAAAUCUCUUGCAGUCGCAGGGAUUAUAAUAGGAGUGGCUGCCCUGUCCACCAUUAUCGCUCUGUCUGUCGUUUACUCUCAGGAAAAAUCCAAAAACAAAGAAGUGACACCAACCCAGGGAGGAGGAACGACUCCUGAACCCACAACAACACCGACCCCUUCCAACGAACCAUGGGACAAAUACCGGCUGCCAAAAACCCUGGUGCCGCACGACUACAGCGUGACUCUGUGGCCUCGACUGAAACCACAUCCAACGACUGGGCUCUACAUCUUCACAGGAAACUCGUCUGUGGUGUUUGAGUGCGUGGAGGAGACGGAUCUCAUUCUUAUCCACUCUAACAAGCUGAACUACACACUAGAUUCAAAUAAUAAGCAUGCACAGCUCUCAGCCGUCAACGGUGGCAGCGCACCAUCCAUCAAGAAGUCCUGGCUGAAGACGGAGACUCAGUUCCUGGUUCUGGAGCUGGACGGUAAACUGGAGAAAGGACGAAUGUACCGCCUCUACACCCAGUUCACUGGAGAGCUGGCCGACGAUCUGGGAGGUUUCUACAGGAGCGAGUACACAGAGAAUGGAGUCAAGAAGGUCAUUGCGACCAGCCAGAUGCAGGCGACCGAUGCCAGGAAGUCAUUCCCCUGCUUCGACGAGCCGGCGUUGAAAGCUUACUUCAACAUCACUUUGAUCCACGAUAAGGACACUGUGGCUCUGUCCAACGGCGCUGAGAUAGAAACCACAGCCGUCACCUUGGAGGAUCAAGAGGUGUUGCAGACGGUCUUUGAGCGCACUGAGAAGAUGUCCACCUAUCUGCUGGCCUUCAUUGUCAGCGACUACGGCUACAUCAACAACACUAUUGGCGGGGUUAAGAUCCGGAUCUUUGCUCGGAAGCCCGCCAUCGAAGCUGGCCAAGGAAACUACGCCCUCAACAUCACCGGACCCAUCCUGAAGUUCUUUGAGGAGUAUUAUAACUCCAAGUACCCACUGCCCAAAUCGGAUCAGAUCGCCAUCCCUGAUUUUAACGCGGGCGCCAUGGAGAACUGGGGUCUGAUCACAUACAGAGAGUCGAGGGUGCUGUAUGACGAGGCCUUCUCCUCCAACUCCAACAAGGAGAGGAUCGCCACCAUCAUCGCUCACGAACUGGCCCACAUGUGGUUUGGUAACCUGGUCACUCUGCGCUGGUGGAACGACUUGUGGCUGAACGAAGGCUUUGCUUCAUACGUGGAGUACCUGGGAGCAGACAAAGCCGAACCCGACUGGAACGUGAAAGACCUGAUAGUCCUCAAUGAUGUGCACAGAGUGUUUGCAGUUGACGCCCUGGCGUCGUCUCAUCCGCUGUCCUCCCUUGAAGACGACAUCCAGAAACCUGCUCAGAUCAGCGAGCUCUUCGAUGCCAUCUCAUACAGCAAGGGAGCCUCUGUCCUCAGGAUGCUGUCAGACUUCCUGACUGAACCGGUCUUCACCAAAGGACUCCAGAGCUACCUGAGGGAGUUUGCCUUUAACAACACGGUCUACACAGACCUCUGGUCGCAUCUGCAGACGGCUGUGGACAGCAGUGCAGUUGACCUUCCUAAAAGUGUCCAGGACAUCAUGAACACCUGGGUGCUGCAGAUGGGUUUCCCUGUGGUCACCAUUGAUACCGCCUCCGGCACUGUUUCCCAGAAGCACUUCCUCCUGAACCCGGACUCCGAAGUUACCGCUCCAUCUCCCUACAAUUAUCAGUGGAGCGUUCCGAUCAGAUGGAGGAAGACUGGCGUCGAUCAGCGUCUCAUAUGGCUGACGGAAAAAUCAGCUACAAAUAACGACAUGAAGGUGACGGGGGAUUCUGACUGGGUGCUGGCCAACAAUGAUGUGGUUGGAUACUACAGAGUCAACUAUGAUGAUGGCAACUGGAACAAACUGCUGACCGCUCUGAUCACCAACCACCAGGUCAUUCCAAAGAUCAACAGAGCUCAGCUGGUGGACGAUGCCUUCAACCUGGCCAGAGCUAAGAUCAUCCCGACAGUUCAGGCGCUAAAAACCACCCUGUACCUGAAGUAUGAGAGGGAAUACAUGCCGUGGGAAUCUGCUCUGGACAACCUGGACUUCUUCUUCCUGAUGUUCGACCGCAGCGAGGUUUACGGAGCCAUUCAGGAAUAUCUGAAGAAUCAGGUUGCCCCCUUGUUCCAGUACUACAAAGAGAUAACAAGUAACUGGACCAGCAUACCAGAUGGUCAUAUGGACCAGUAUAAUCAGGUGAACGCCAUCAGCCUGGCCUGUAAGACCGGGCUGCAGGAAUGUCAGGAUCUGGUCCAGUCGUGGUUCAAAGUGUGGAUGGACACAGACGAAAACCCAAUCCACCCCAACCUGCGCCAAACCGUGUACUGUAAUGCCAUCGCAGCAGGGGGCGCCGAAGAGUGGGAAUUUGCCUGGAAGAAGUUCAAGAACGCCACCAUUGCUAUUGAAGCUGAUAAACUGCUUGCAGCGAUGGCCUGCACUACUAAACCGUGGCUGCUCAACAGGUAUCUGGAGUACACUCUGGAUCCAAGCCGGAUCCGGAAGCAGGACGCCACCUCCACCAUCGUCUACAUCGCCCAGAAUGUGGUGGGCCAGUCUCUGGCGUGGGACUUCAUCAGGGCUCGGUGGAGCUACAUCUUCACUCAGUACGGCGGUGGAUCCUUCUCCUUCGCCAACCUCAUCAAUGGAGUCACAAAACGCUUCUCCACAGAGUUUGAGCUUCAGCAGCUGAAGGAGUUCAAGAAGGAUAACGCUGAAGUGGGUUUCGGAUCCGGGACUCUGGCAGUGGACCAGUCCAUCGAGAGGACGCAAGCCAACAUGGACUGGAUCAAAGAGAACAAAGAAAAUGUUAUAAACUGGUUCAAGAAUCCAGUUUAGAUCAUGAGAAACACAAAAUCUUAUUCCUAUUUAUUUAAUUAGAAAUUCCUCUUUCAUAAAAAUAACUUGUUUUUUUUCAAGAAGUUUAUUCUUUCUUAUGUCCAAUGAUUAGUUUUACAUCUCAAAGAAGCAUUUAGGUGGCAUUCAGCUUUAACUUCACCACUAAAGUUAUAUUUUAUUUCAAGAAAACUGAGAAGUGCCUCAAUAAACAUCAAACUAAAACAAAUGUGACGCCAAAAUGUGAAAAUGAGAUUAGAGAAAAUUUGUUUUUGUUCCUUUAAAUUUUUCUAAAUGUUUCAAAACAAUUAAGGGAAUAAACUUUUAAUCAACAGAAAGUGGAUUAUUAUAAAAAGCAGAUUUUUUUAUUUUAUUUAUUAAGUUUGUUUUGGUAAUGAAAGCUGUCGUCAAACAUCAUAUCAGCCUGAACCAGCUGCUGUCUUUUGGAGACAAGGGAUAAAUCUUGGAGUAAUUUAUUAUAUCUUGAGUCUAAAUUCAUAAAUUUAUGUUAUGUGUUCAUGUGUUUGCUCUGAUUUUAUUCAGGAUGUUUCGAAUUGCGCUCCAUGUCCUUUAUCAUGAAGAAGUUUCUGUAAAUUAUUUUAGACAUUUCAUAAAUCCACAGAUAAUUAAACUGUUUGUACAGAAAUCAAACUGUGUUUAAAAGUGAGCGUAUUUAAACAUCUUAAAGCAAUAAUUUACCCUGUUUAGAAAAAACCCAAUAAACUAUUUAAUUAA